AGUGGAAGAAAACAUGGCCAGGAAUGAAGAGAAGCAGUUAGGGAAGCUGAACAGGCUGUGGCUGCAGAAGGAGAGGGAAGAGGGACACAUUAAGGAUGUCGGCGGUAACCGGCCCAAACUGUCUGUCCUGAAUACAGCAUCAGAUGUAAAGAAGUGGAUACCCAGCAUUAAAAAUGAAAUCAACUACUAUUUAGAGCAAUCCCAGCUGCCUCACUACCCCGAGAGAAAGAUCGAGGAGUUCCAAGAAAAGAUCGAGUCCCUGAGGAAGGAGUAUCAAAGCCACCUCUGGAAGCUGCGCAGGUUAGACCCGGAGUGCAAGGAGCACCCCUGGAAGCCGCGGGGUUACACGAGGAAGAGGACGGCAGAGGGGAGAGCGCCAUCGUGGGUAGAAUCAAACCCCCCGGGUGACAAAUUACUCAUCACACCAAUCCUUAAUCCCACUGUGAAGGAGGACAGCGAUUCGGAAGAGGAGGCUUCUUCGGGCAAAGAAGAGAGAGCGUUCACCCCGGGCCGCACCGUCAUCAAUCCAGACAGCCAGGAUAAACCCCUCGUGUUCAAUACAGAGACCUCCGAUCCAAAACACGUGUGGCUCAGGUCGCCCUACAACACCGACGGGCGCGAGACGCAGGCGCUGAGAGACAUACUGCUGUCCGACCGUCCGCGGCAAAUAGGAAGCGUUAACGCGGGGAGCAAAAAAAGCCGAACCGGUGGAGGGAUUUUAGGUCUGGAUUGUUACACGUCUUCAGAUGAAGAGAGCUGACGCACCGGGUACCCCGUACUGUGCUACGAGGACCCCCUGGACAGAUUCAGCGACAGAGAUGCCCCUCGAGUGAAUUCAAGUAGAAUUUUGGGUUCUGUAAACAGUGUUCUGUGCAUUGGGUACUGGCGCUAACCUUGAGGAUGCUGGCAUACUGCCGGUGUCAGAGUGUGUGCGUGCGCGUGUGUAUUCAGCAUUUUAUGGGAAUGUCAGGUUUUUCUAUUUUUGUCCUGAGUGGAUAUUUUUCACAAAUGUUUCCCCCUGGUUAAGCCCUAGUUACACCCCAACACCUCCACGAGGACUGCGGGUCACUCACAUAAAACACGUUUCACCCAGGGCCCGAUAUCUAAGCAAGUUGUUAAUAUUGCUAAGG